GGUUCUCACUCCCGCCCAAGUGCCCAAGUCGAUCAAAUGCGAGUUCGGCUGCGACGCUAACUGCGGGAAGGUUGCGGUGUGCCUUAAGAGGAACGGCAAGCCCCAGUGCGUGUGCCCUGGGGACGGCGUCUACAAUGCCGCUGACAAGUCAUGCAAAG